GCAGGCGGCAGUUGUGUAGAUCACGGAGAGACUACGAGGGUCCGGCUCAGUUUUAAUUCUGUCUCUAAUCUCCACAGCGGCGGCGCUCCCUGGGUCCCGCGGCUCCCCUGCCCACUCAGCCGCCGGCGGCCGCCGGGCUAAAACCAGAGCUUGCCCGCGCCCCCAUCACCCAUCAUGGAAACCCUUCCAGAAAAAGUGGCUCCGGACGCGUGUGCCUGAGGAUUCCGCACAAAAGAGGUGCCCAAAAUGAAGACCCUGGUGCGCCAUGGUCUGGCAGUGUGUUUAGCGCUCACCACCAUGUGCACCAGCUUGUUGCUCGUGUACAGCAGCCUCGGCUGCCAGAAGGACCGGCCCUCCCAGCAGCAGCAGCAGCAGCAGCAGCAGCAGCAGCAGGCGCAUCAGGCAGCAGCGGCCACCGGCAGCGCGCAGCCCUUGGCGGAGAUCAGCGCCCCGUCGCGCCCCGGGCCCCCCGCAGCACCGCGACCGCUAGACGGAUACCUUGGCGUGGUGGACCACAAGCCCCUGAAGAUGCACUGCAGGGUCUGUGCCCUGGUGACAAGCUCGGGACAUCUGCUGCGCAGCCAGCUAGGCCCCCGGAUCGACCAGACCGAGUGUGUCAUCCGCAUGAACGACGCCCCCACGCGCGGCUACGGGCGCGACGUGGGCAACCGCACCAGCCUGCGGGUCAUCGCGCACUCCAGCAUCCAGCGGAUCCUGCGCAACCGACACGACCUGCUCAACGUGAGCCAGGGCACCGUGUUCAUCUUCUGGGGUCCCAGCAGCUACAUGCGGCGCGACGGCAAGGGCCAGGUGUACAACAACCUGCACCUGCUGAGCCAGGUGCUGCCGCGGCUCAAGGCCUUCAUGAUCACGCGACACAAGAUGCUGCAGUUCGACGAGCUCUUCAAGCGGGAGACGGGCAAAGACAGGAAGAUCUCCAACACCUGGCUCAGCACUGGCUGGUUCACAAUGACCAUCGCCCUGGAGCUCUGCGACAGGAUCGACGUGUACGGCAUGGUGCCCCCGGACUUCUGCAGGGAACCCCAUCACCCUUCAGUCCCUUAUCACUAUUAUGAACCUUUCGGACCAGAUGAAUGUACAAUGUACCUGUCUCAUGAGCGAGGGCGGAAGGGCAGUCAUCACCGCUUCAUCACAGAGAAACGAGUCUUUAAGAACUGGGCACGGACAUUCAAUAUUCACUUUUUCCAGCCAGACUGGAAACCAGAACCACUUGCUAUAAAUCAUCCUGAGAAUAAACCUGUGUUCUGAGAAAUGAGUGUGUCAGACCGAAACCCCAAGCACCCACCCCAGAACCAGACACCAGGCCACUGGACUUCCUGAGCCCCAGACACAAAAGAGGAGCAGAAGUGGCAGGAAAUAGCUUCACUCCUCAAGAAGUACCCUGUGCAGAUGCCUACGAGAAGUGACUACAAAACAGCGCUGCUGGCUUACAGGAAAAUGCCAGAAUUAAUGCACUCUGACGUGUGUUCUCACUUUCAAAGAAGCAGACCUCUUCUUUCAAUGAUGCUGCCAUGGUUACAUUUUGGAUCUCUUUAAGUAUUGCCUUCAAAACUGAAACAUGAGCAGCUCAACAGCAUUUAUUAGUUGUAUUCCUUUAUAGAAAUGCCUUGUCAAAAGACAUUUUUCUAUCAAGGUGUAUCCUGAACUGACCUAUAUAACCUUUGUCAUCAGUUGGCCCCUGUGUGUGUGGUUUGUAUAAAGCUGCCUGAAAGUGUCUCUGAUGAGCACAGCUCCGUGGACUUUCCUAAAGCAAAUGCCCAGUAUUUAUUUAUGGAGAGUUUUGUAGUGUACUUUAGGCCAGUAUUUUUAUAGAUUAUUAUGUGGUAAUUUAGCCCUAUCUUUGUUUAGGUAACGUAUUCUAAGUCUUGAAUCCUGAAAGACGGUUGGAAAGGCCUGGAGUCGGGUUGAGGAGUUGCUGUGCUCACAAUGCUCAUGGUCAGCGAGCGGGCAGUUCGAAUUUCCGCUUGGAAAUGUUGUCUCACAUUUUUGCGAACCCUUAGGCUUCCAGAAUAGCUAUAACAUUUUCCAAGGCGCAGAAAUGCUCAAAUGACAAAACUGAAAACCAAAAACUGUGUCAUUAGCACAGAAAAAUACUAAGAAGAGAAACUGAGAGAUGGUUUCCUUCACUAAUAAUCGAUGGAGUUCACUUAAGCCCAGUUUCCUCUUCGGCAGAAUGAUGUCACUGUACUAUAAUAGAUGACCUCUUAACAUUUCAUUCCAAACCUGAAAUUCUAUGGGACUUUGAGCCAUGUCAGGACCUUGAACUUGGAAUGAUGGGGCUCCCACAGUAGCAGGGGCCUUUUUAGGGGACCUUUCAUAUUGCCCUACUACCUAUCUCCCUCUGGUGAUAAAAAAAAAAAAAAAA